UCCGCGUGAGCACCGCGGGUUGGGUGUCGCGAUUGCCGCUCAGGCGAGUCGCUCCGCCGAGUGACCUGGCCGUUGCUUGCGAGAAGCCUGGUCCGGCCUGCGCGGCGGGAAGUGGCAGCGGCCUCAGCGUGCGAAGAGACGGUGUGUAGAAUGGUCAAAGAGCUCAGACUUAAAGAGAAGGCUAUGAUGAGACUGAGAAGGAAACUCCAUGAUAAAAUGGCAGAAGAAAACUGGAGGCUUAGAAACAAGUCUUUGAACAAAUAGGAAGUAAGUGGUAAGAACAACUCUGCAACAGAAUGAAAGGCCUAACAGGCUCUAGACGCUGAAGUCUGUCACCAUCCUUCAAAAUGCAAUGGAACGUACCACGGACUAUAUCUCGACUGGCACACAGGACGUGCCUGGAACCACAGAAAGCUGGUCUCUUGGGACACUGUCAAGCCAUAAAGGGACCAUUAAUCUUGUCUAAUGCUGAAUCCAAAGUGGUUUUGGCACAAGGCCCUCAAAAACAGUGGCUGCACUUACCUGCUACCCAGUGUGUUGCAAAACAGAGGAAGCCUUUGGCUGCUCAUCACCCCCAACCCGGGACCCUGCACCAUAAACCAUGGGAGCAAGCCACUCUAUUCCAGAGGGCUUUAUCAUCCAAGGCCACAGCUCAAGGAGCUUCUUCGGAAAAAAAGGAAGAGUCUGAUCCUUUACAAGACAAAUCCAUUAGUCUUUAUCAGCGAUUUAAGAGAACAUUUAGACAAUAUGGGAAAGUCUUGAUUCCAGUGCAUCUAAUAACUUCUGGUGUGUGGUUUGGAACAUUUUAUUAUGCAGCCAUCAAAGGAGUGAAUGUCAUUCCUUUUCUAGAACUCAUUGGGUUACCUGACAGCAUAGUAAACAUCCUGAAAAAUUCCCAGAGUGGAAAUGUACUGACAGCAUAUGCCAUGUUUAAGAUUGCAACACCUGCCCGGUACACAGUGACCUUGGGAGGGACGUCCUUCACUGUGAAGUACCUGCGCAGCCGAGGCUACAUGUCCACCCCGCCGCCCGUGAAGGAGUACCUGCAGGACCGCAUGGAGGAGACCAAGGAGCUGCUCUCCGAGAAGAUGGAGGAGACCAAGGACAGGCUCACUGAGAAGCUCCAGGAAACCAAAGAGAAAGUUUCUUUCAAGAAGAAAGUGGAGUAGGGUCCUUACAUGACAGCACACGCCUGCACUCCGACCCUUUGGGGACUGGGCAAAGAUGUGUGCUUCUGGGUUGUUUUAUUUUUUUGUUUUUGUUGGUGGUUAGUUGCCUGACUGUUGUAGUAGUCUGAGGGCUAAAGAACUCAGAUACUGUUGUACAGUUAAAUAUCACAAGAAAAAUCAGUGUUUUUUGAAAGGAAAAAAUGACCCCUGUAUAAGUCUCUCACAGCAGCAGCCAUAAGCAGUGGCUGCCGUCUUAGGCAUCAGAGUUCCCUGUGAGGCUCUUCAGGGUCCUGUUUGCUGCAGCUUUUGCUGGCUGUGCUGAACUCCUCAGAUAACUGUUAACCUGCUAACCCUCAUGUGUCCACUAAGGUUUUAACUGUAUUUUCCCUGUUGAGACAAACUAGCAUCAUCAGAACUGCCUGUGAAUAAGCGGGGAGUUAGUCUUUCUAUAAAAAAUUAUCUUAACAGUUACCUACCCAUUAAAGUAUAGACCCUAUUAGAUGAAGAAAGUCAAAUAAAAAUUCAGUCAUAUAUUUGUAAAUGAGAUGUACUGCUUAUAUGUACAUAGGAAAUGGACCUUUAAACUGAUUUUUACCUGAAGCUCAUCAUUAUAAAAAUUUUUAAAGCAAUCUCUACGGCCAUAGUACCUUUUCAAACCCGUGCGUUGGUGGUGAUCAGCUAGGAUGGAAAACACGGUUGUGAGUCCUGGGUGUCCUCUCUGACUCGUGUCUCAGAAGACAAGUGAUAGGAUUGCCCUGUGGGUGUGCUGCCGAGGCCACAUGUUCCUCCACAGCUGCCUGGCGCGGGAGACUCAGGGUGGCCUCCAUUGUCUCCUCAUGCAGCAAACCAGUGUCUUUCUUUCAGUGUUAAUGUUGAUUGCAUCAUGGAGCAAAUUUUUUUAAGUUGCUGCUGAUUUGUUUUGUUUUGUUUUGUUUAAAUAGCAAAAUUGUCAUUAAAUGACCUUUUUGAAAUGAUGUCUGGCCGUUGUUGGACAUGAGAGCUGUCCUGACAGUGGCAUAUGUGAGUUUGCGUGUGUCUGUUUCCUUUUGCUCUCUCAGCUUUGAGCUGGAGUUGGAGGAGGAAGUCGUCUCUUGAUGGUGUCUGCUUUGCCUUCUCUGCUAAUACAACAGAGUGUCGAUGGGUUUGCCACAUGGUCCUGCAGGGGCCCCUGCUAUUUGGCAGGAUUGUUUUUUUAGCCAAAUUUUUAGCUAGGCCAAAGUUUUAGAGAGUGGUUUAAAGGGGAGAAAUGCCUUUGGUUCACAUGUGCUAUGUUGGAGUACUUGUUCAGCGAGCGCGCUGCAGCUGGCAUCGCUGUGGAGAUGGAGCGGGACGAGAGCAGGAGCUGCUGUGCUUUCCUGUGCCGCUGUCUCCGGCUGCACAGGGGGCAUGCUCUCGCCACCCCAGCCACCCCUUUGCACGUCUAAUCGUUAACUUGUAGUACAUUUAUUAAAUCACAUUUUGCAGCUAUUAAAUGCUAAGAUAUUAACAGAUUUCUUGUUUCCUUUUUUCUCAGUCAUUUGAGAUUGCCUAUGAAAUCCUGUGCUAUAUGAAAUGCUUCUAAAACUAUUUUCUCUUUACUUUUCCUAUCACACAGAGCAUAUUUUCCAGUUGAGAUAAACUGAGUGUUCUUAGUUUAUUAUUAGUGUUACUAAUAAUAUUGAGACUAAAGUUUGCUUUUCCUGCGUAGACUUCUUUUGUUCAGUCCCUGUGAGUGCUGCUGCCAUGCAGCAGUGUGACUGUGCUGUUUCUCCAGCUAGAGACGCCGAGGUACUGCCCAUGAGUGCUUUGGAACGCUGUAGUGCUCUUGUCAUUAUUGGCAUCAGGAAUUGCACAAAAACACUCUUGUUAGCACAUUGCUAGCCUAAUACUUAAGGCGAAGUACAAAUAGCUUAUAAGGAUCACUGUCGGGGGCAGUUGUUAUGGCAUAGUGGGUGAAGCUGCCACCUGCCACACCAGCAUCCUAUGGUGGGUGCAGAUUCAUGUCCUGGCUGCUCCACUUCCAAUCCAGCUACCUGAUAAUGGCCUGGGAAAAGCAGCGGAAGAUGGCCCAAAGGUUUGUGCCCCUGCCACCCACGUGGGAGACCUGGAGGAAGCUCCUGGCCUGGCUUCAGCCUGGGCCCAGCACUGUCCGUUGCAGCCACCUAGGGAGUGAAACAGCAGAUAGAAGAUCUCUCUCUCCCUCUCUGUGUAGCUCUGACUUUCAAAAUAAAUAAAUAGAUAACUGUAACAUAUUGAGGUUAGGAUAUUAAUAGCAGGCCAACAAAAUAUAAUCAUGUCAAAUUAAAACCUUAAAAAUACAUAACCGAUAGAUAGAUACACAUAUUAAUCCUCAUCACUUUUACACUAAGGCUUACUCUCUGGGUCUGUUCUCCAUAGCUUCUGGGGCCUGUGAGGGAGGCAGAGCUGCUCCUGCAUUUCUGUGAGAUGCGUUGAUGGUGGAAAGGGAGCCAGGAGUUAGCACUGCCUAAAUAAAAUGGACAGAAAGGUGUGCUCAGGAGACUGAUCAUUCAAUUGAGAAAUGGAUUAGACAAGAGACUUAGCUUAUUCAAGAGUGACAGCAGGACCAGCCUUUAAUGAACCACAUCUGUUGCUGUCACAGCUUCUGCCUGCAACGGCGCUGCUUACAAGAUCAGCAAAGGAGAAAAGCAAGCAUUUUGCAAAGAUUACCUCCCGGUAGUGAAAAUAAAAGGAUGCUUUCAGGUGUAAUUGUGUGUUUCUUGGUUGUCACUGAAGCUGCCCCACUCGCUCAAAAAUGAAAGACGGUGAUGCACUGCUCAUGCUCCAGAUGAGAAGGCACCCCUGGCUGGCUCCUGUGAGUGAGCUUAGAAGGUGAUUCCAGGAGUGGUUGAUGCCUACCUCACAGAAGGUGAUUGGAGAAAGGAAAGGAGAUGUGUGAGACACAGUGAGUUACUUUCUCGUCCUUGGCACUGGGUUAGGCCAUCUCCAGUAUUUCAUACAGACGUGAGCCAGGACUCGGCAGAAGACAGCAUAGGUAGUGAAAGGGACAGAUGAGGCAGAAGGAAAAUGAGCACAUCUGUCCAGAUUUUUCUGAAAUAACGUUUUUAGAAGAUACUUUUGAUUUCUGAAUUACUAAAGGAGUCCUUCUCAGGUAACCCAUGGUGGGGUAACAGAGAGACUUCUUUUCACUUUCUGACUUGAAUACCAUCCAGAUUUUCCAAAGGUCUAAAAUAAAACAGGAAGUAUUUUCAAAUCGUUUUCACCUGUUCAGACCUCCCCCCCCUCCUUUAAAGUAUUUUGUGGUUUGAGAAGCUCAUUACUAACUGCCUACAUCAGUGCCAGGGUCUUUCAGUGCAUUGGCCCAGAUGCCCACAGGGCCGUGGUGGACAUUCAGAGAGGGAAGUAGCACCUGCAGCAUAACCCUCAAAACCAGAAAACUGCAGAAGCACACAUGCAUUUUAUUUACUCUGCAAAUAUUUGGUCUUGGGAGGCCAGUGCUGUGGUGUAGCGGGUAAAGUCACCACCACCUACAGUACCGGAAUCUCCUAUGGGUGCUGGUUCGAGUCCCGGCUGCUCCACUUCUGAUCCAGCUUUCUGCUAUGGCCUGGGAAAGCAGUAGAAGAUGGCCCAAGCCCUUGGGCCCCUGCACCCUCAUGGGAGACCCGGAAGAAGCUCCUGGCUCUUGAUUUCAGAUCAGCACAUCUCCGGCUGUUGGGGUCAAUUGGGGAUGGAAGACUCUCUCUCUCCCUCCCUCUCCCUCUCCCUCUCCUUCUCCCUCUCCUUCUCUGUGUGUAUAAC